GUUAAGUGUUGUCGUCAUCUGCUUCUGCUUCGUUACAGGUUUGAUUUCUGAGCCGGAAAGCUAUCUCGUAGCGCAUCCAGACGUGCAGGUAUUCGCCAGCGGAACGUCCUUCUACGAGAAGUGCUUUUCCAACAACUCCGUACAUUUCGCCUUCUCUGCCGCCGGAAUGGAUUUCCUGUCGAAGCAGCCGUGCACGGUAACCGACGGCCUUCAACCGGCAGAAAUCACCGUGGCUGAGGAACGAGAGAUGUUUAAGCGACAGGCGGCCGAGGAUUGGGAGACCAUCCUCGUACAUAGAGCUAGAGAGCUGCGACCAGGUGGACGGCUGGUGAUAGUUCCUUUCGCCACGGAUAAAGAUAAGCAGUACACGGGAAACACGAAACGUAUUAAGUGCAAUGGCUACAACCUUUUGUCGAAAAAGUGCCGCGAAUUGGUGAAUAGAGGCGUUAUUACUAAGGAAGAGUUUCAGAACAUGAACCACAACGCUUACUAUCGCACAGAGGAAGAACUGGAGGAGCCUCUGAUCAAUGUUGAUUCUCCUGUUUAUAAGCUUGGCCUCCGCCUGGUAUCGAUUGAAGUAAAGCAAGUCAACUGCUACUUCCACGAUAGAUGGGUUGAAAGCGGCGAUAAUGGUGACAUUGCUGACGCCCGUGCUCACGCGAAGUCGUAUGUUUGUACAUUUCGCAUUUGGGCGCACAGCGAUUUGCUUCACGGUCUAUCCGAUAGCCGUUCACCCGAGGAGAAGGCAAAUAUCCUCGACGCCUUCUUCCAGAGUUUUGAGGAUGCAGUGGCAGAGAAUCCGCGAGACCAUGGCAAGGAUUAUAUUGUUGCUUAUGUUCAUAUGAGAAAACUGGAAUGAUAUUUUAGUAGAUUUUAACACAUGCAAUUUGGUGUUUAAUGGGGAAUUGAAGCGCGUCAUGUAGUUAACCAACAGUAAAAUCACGUAAUAAUCUUCACUAUAUGUGAUGGAUCAAUGCUCGGGGGUCUAAAUACAAAAGUGUAAACUCACAUAAAUAACAAAUAAAUAAAUAAAACUCAACAUAGAUAAGAAUGCUGCGAAUAGUGUACGUGGUAAAUUAAUUAUCUAUUGUGUGACGUUGCUCUCUUUCGUGACAAUGCGGUCCUUCACCAACUCAUGUUCUUGACACCUUUGUGUUCUCACCGCGUGUCAUCAUCAUCGGGCUACUGAUGAAUCCCAGAUUGGUUUUCACUUAAUAGUAAUCAUCACGUGACCACCCUAGCAUCUCCCCAUGGAUGCUUUUCAUAGCAAAAUCAACAACACAAUAGCAUCAAUAAUCUAAUCUAAAUUAAACUAACCCCUCUUCCUUUAUUCCCAUUGGGCACUUUAUGUAAGUAUUGG